AUGGUUGAGAAGUGCUAUAGGGUCGAUGUUGUGAAUGAAGAAUUGGAUCGUUUGGGAAGGGUUGUGAUGAACCCUCAAGAUCCAAUGGUUGAAGCUCUUACAUGCGAAGAAGAGUACCACUCUCAAGAGGCAAAGGAGUUUGUCAUGGCCAUUGACGAGGCCAAAAUGAAGGAAGAGGAUGAUCCUAGGGGUGAAGAGCUCGAACUAGCGGAGGAAAAAUUGGAGGAGAGUUAUACCACUGAUGAUAUCAAGGGUAUUAGCCCUUCUUUUUUCAUGCAUCGUAUUCACCUUGAGGAUGAUCAAGCCACCUCAGUUGAGCCUCAAAGGAGGUUGAACCCCAACCUCCAAGAGGUUGUCAAGAAAGAAAAUUUUAAAUUACGUGAAGCGGGUAUAAUCUAUGCUAUCUCCGAUAACAACUUUAAUGAGGCUUUCCUUGAAGCAUUCCAAAAGCUCAAGGAAGCCCUCAUCUCCUCACCUGUUGUGCAAGCUCCAGAUUGGAGCUUGCCUUUUGAGCUAAUGUGCGAUGCAAGUGAUUUUGCAGUAGGUGCGGUGCUUGGUCAAAAGAAAGAUGGAAGAUCCCAUGUCAUCUACUACGCGAGUAGAACGUUCGAUGAAGCUCAAAAGAACUACACUACAACGGAGAAGGAAAUGCUAGCAGUCGUGUUUGCCAUGGAUAAGUUCUAG